AUGAUACGACUCUGGUGGUCCUGGAGCAAAACUCAAUCGGUGUUCCGUGUCGUAGAGCUCGAUCAGACACUCGACAAUGGCACCGGACUCGAACAGAGUAAUACCGGCUGCAAUACCAAUUACACCACUCCACUACCUAUCGACUCUCAAGGACACUUUACCAUGAAUCGAUCACUUUCCGUAAGGUCCAAAAAGGACAACGCCUCCACCACUGGAAGCUCAGGAAGCGCCCCCAAGCACCGAUUCACUAUGGCCUCACUACGCGGUAUGCAGCAGCCAGAGUUGAGCAAGAAGCUCUUCAAGAUCAUAAAGAGCGAGAACCACGCCAUCGGUGCCUACGAAUCAGCCAGCCGCGAGCGCAUCUCCAUCGCCUCUCAGCUGUCAGACUGGGGCGAGGCUACGGGAGAUGACUCCGUUUCCGACAUCGCAGACAAGCUAGGCGUUCUUUUGUCGGAGUUGGGCGAGCAGGAGGAUGUAUUUGCGCAGAACCUGGAAGAUUACCGCGGCAUUUUGAAGCAGAUCAGGAAUACCGAGAGUUCUGUGCAGCCCAGCAGGAUUCACAAGGCGAAGAUCUCGGAUGAGAUAGCAAAGCUCAAAUACAAGGAGCCUGAAAGUACUAAGAUUGUCCAGCUUGAACAGGAACUUGUCAGGGCCGAGGCACAGAAUCUGGUUGCAGAAGCUCAGCUGACCAAUAUCACCCGCCAGAAGCUCAAGGAAGCUUAUGACCUCCAUUUCGCCGCCACAAUCGAACGUGCCGAGAAGCAGAUAAUGCUCGCCCGCCACGGACGCCGCCUAUUGAACCUCCUUGACGAUACUCCAGUAGUCCCCGGGGAUACCCGUCCAGCCUUUGAGCACGCCCACCAAGCUCGCCAAGUCCUGAAUGAUGCUGAAGAGGAUCUUCGUGACUGGGCUCCAAAUCUAGAACCGAUUCACAGCUCAGCUACUGAGAUGGGUUCCAACCUCAUGCCGCCACAGGCCGGAACAGCAGACACAAGUGUCAGCGGACAAGAAGAGGAGUCGAUGAUUAGGGCAGGGGAGAGUACUACAGGUCAGUUGGAAGCCCCGGCACCACCAGAACACAGGGGUUACGGUGAAAGCUCAACCGUCGCGCAGCCUGAAGCGGCAUUUAGCUACUAG